UUAAAGUAUGUAAAAAAAAAUGCCAGUCACUUUGUAGUUCUCGUUUGUCAUUCUUCAUUAUUAUUAUUUUGUUCGAAAAAAAAAAUAAUUAUGGAUCAAAAAAAUUUUCAAUAUUAUUGCAAUUUUCGUCGACCUCCAGGUCCAAUAAAUAUUUGGAAUAUUGUUAAUGGAACAAUUAAUGGGAAAUGUGUAAAAUUUCGAAUUCAAGAAAUUUCUGAUGACAUGUUUGAUGCUGUUAUUGAUCAUAUGUGCACCGACUUUAUCAGAGAUGAAGAAUUUUUUUCUAAUUUUAAAAUUAAUGAAACUCGAGAUUCGUAUGAAGAAAUAAGAAUUUUUUGGAAGGAGAUUUUAAAAUGUGGCAUGAGUAUAGUCGCAAUUGUUGAUGAACCCAGUGAACAAAAAACACCUGUAAUUGCAGGUGUUAAUUUACUUUUUGUUUCUGUUAAACAAUUGACUGACAAUAGAACAACAUUUAAAGACACAUUUAAAACAAAAAAUCUUUCAAUGAUGGUGAAACUUAUGGACAAAAUCGCAUCUGAAUCCAAUUGGCGUGAAAUUUAUAGAGCUGAUAAAUAUUUAAUUGGAUUUGGUCUCAGUGUUGGUAGUAAUUUUCGGGGAAUGUCUCUUGGUGGUCAUUUACUGUCAGCAAGACACCUCUUAAGCCGCAAGUAUGGAAUUCCAGUUUCCGUAACACUUUUUUCGGCAUCUUCUGCGAUUAAAUUAGCCGAACGCGAAGGAUAUGAAUGUCUGGUGGAGAAAAAAGUUACUGAUUUGCUCAACGAUGAAGGCAAAUUUAUAUUUAAUCAAAGUAAAUCUAUUUGUUUUAAAUUUAUGGGCAAAAGAUUAUAAAAUAAUUAUUUUCAC